GGUGCUUUCAGCUUACCUACCAGCAAGUAAUAUUUGCAACCCAAUUCGAAUAAACAAAUAAUUAGAACAAUAGGAUAAAGUCUCAAUCAAAAUUCAUCACAGUGUUCAGGUCAAAAGGAGGUUUAUUUUUCUUCCUUGAUUUUCACUGUUCGGUUAGCAAUUUUCUCACUUAAUUUACAAGGGUGAUCAAUUUGUUUUCGAUAUAUUGAUCUGGGAAAAUGCUUGUUUCUGCCCUCUUGACCUCAGUGGGAAUAAACUCUGGUCUGUGUAUCAUAUUUUUCACUUUGUACUCUAUAUUGAGCAAACAACCCAGCAAUUAUGAAGUUUAUGUGCCUCGUUUGAUGGCCCAAGGGAAAUCUAAAAGGAGAGAUAAUUUCAACUUGGAAAGGCUUAUACCUUCUACUGGUUGGUUGAAAAGUGCUUAUAUGCUCUCUGAAGAGGAAUUGUUAUCGUCCUCGGGUUUGGAUGCUGUCGUUUUUAUGCAUGUUAUUACCUUCAGUUUGAAAGUUUUUUUGUUUGCUGGGGUUAUUGGAAUCUUUGUUAUUCUCCCAGUGAAUUGUUCCGGAGACAAGCUUGACAAUCUUGACUUAACUAAUCUGUUUAAUAACUCAUUGGACGUGUUUACCAUUUCGAAUGUAAACAAUGGCUCAAAAAGCCUAUGGAUUCACUUCUCUGCUAUUUAUGUAGUUACAAUAUUUGUUUGCUACCUACUCUAUUAUGAGUACAGAUAUAUAUCAUUGAAAAGGUUGUCUUAUUUUGCUUCAUCCAAGCCUCAACCACACCAGUUCACUAUCUUGGUUCGUAGUGUGCCUAUUUCUCCCGGUAGCAGUAUCAGUGACUGCGUUGACAGCUUUUUUAAAGAAUUUCACCCAUCAACAUAUCUGUCAAAUGUAGUUGUUCAUCGAACAAACAAAAUUCGAAAUAUCAUUUAUGAUGCCAAGAAAUUGUACAGAAGGCUCAUAUAUCUACGGUCGGAUCCCGCUGAACACAAGUAUCACCGUAGCUGCUGUUUUGGACUUUGUGGCAAGAAGGUUGAUCUUGUAGACCAUUAUGGAAAGAGAUUAAAUAGUGUAGAGGAAAAUUUAAGACUGCAGCGAACAGGGGUCUCAUUCACAGGAGAAGAAGUUCGGGCAGCUUUUGUGUCCUUUAAGUCUCGGUAUGGUGCUGCUACUGCUUUUCACAUGCAACAAUCAAUCAAUCCCACACACUGGGUCACAGAGGAAGCUCCUGAGCCCCAUGAUGUUUACUGGCCUUUCUUUUCAUCAUCAUUCAUGCGAAGAUGGAUAUCUAAGCUGGUGAUUAUUGUUGCAUGUAUUCUUCUUACAAUCUUAUUUCUUAUACCAGUUGUACUUGUGCAAGGUCUUACUAACUUGAGUCAGCUGGAAAUGUGGUUUCCCUUCCUCAAAAGCUUUCUGACCAUAACUAUGGUUAGUCAAAUUGUCACGGGAUAUCUUCCUAAUCUUAUUCUUCUGUUAUUUUUAAAAAUGGUGCCCCCAAUUAUGGAGUUCCUUUCAUCUAUUCAAGGAUAUAUCUCUCACAGUGACAUAGAAAAGAGUGCAUGCAAUAAAGUACUUUGGUUCACAAUAUGGAACAUAUUUUUUGCUACUGUAUUUUCUGGCUCAGCCUUAUCUCAGCUUAACAUCUUCCUCGAGCCCAAGAAUAUUCCUUCUAAGUUAGCUAAGGCUGUCCCUGCACAGGCAUCAUUUUUCAUAGCAUACGUUGUAACAUCUGGAUGGACAAGUGCUUCAUCAGAAUUGUUUCGUGUAAUUCCUUUAUUUUGCAGUCUGCUAACGAGACCAUUUACCGACUGUAAAGAUGAUGAACUUGAAGUUCCUUCUAUUGCAUUCCACAAGGACAUUCCAAGAAUUCUUUUCUUUGGACUGCUUGGAAUUACAUACUUCUUUCUAGCUCCGCUUAUUCUGCCCUUUCUCUUGGUGUACUUCUUUCUUGGAUACAUAAUUUUUCGUAAUCAGUUUAUUAAUGUUUAUGCACCUACGUAUGAAACUGCGGGCAAGUUUUGGCCUAUUGUGCACAAUUCAAUGAUAUUUUCUCUGCUACUCAUGCACGCCAUUGCAGUGGGAAUAUUUACAUUGAAGAAGCUUCCUAAAGCAUCAACAUUAAUUAUUCCUCUUCCAAUCCUCACUCUUCUUUUCAACGAGUACUGCCGCAAACGCUUCCUUCCAAACUUUAUUGCCUACUCUGCCGAGGUAAUCUGUAAAAUCAUGACAAUUUUACUUUAUCUUGUAGGUUUUACACUCAUACUGAGCCAGCUUUUUCUUUUCAUUUUCCAGAGUUUGAUUAAAAGAGAUAGGCAAGACGAUGGCGAUCCUGCAAUGGCUGAGUUUUUUGAAAAACUGGUCACGUCAUAUGAGGACCCUGCUAUGAUGCCAAUUCAUUUCUCUUCUGAUACUGACAGCCUUCACAGUCCCUUAAUCCAUUCAGUUCGAGUUUAAGAUUGGUUUUUUCUUUUUUCCCUUUUUUAGAUAAAAUCUCUAUAGUGUAUACAACCAUUGUUUUGUUUUUUUUUUGGCAAAGUAGUGUCAUGUGUGUUACUGGUUAAAAUACAUUGUUAUUCAAACUUUUCUAUUUGUUAAAAAAUGAAAUUGUUUGAGAUUCAUUA